AUGCCUCCCAAAAGCUCUCCCAACUCUACGUUCAAAAACCGUGAAAAACCGCAAGAGGUACGCAAGGCGAACAUCAUAGCGGCCCGUGCCGUGGCAGACGCUAUCCGCACGUCUUUGGGGCCCAAAGGUAUGGACAAGAUGAUCAAAACGUCGCGUGGAGAGGUUAUCAUCUCCAAUGACGGCCACACCAUCCUUAAACAGAUGGCCAUUUUGCAUCCCGUGGCGAAAAUGCUAGUAGAAGUCUCGGCCGCCCAGGACACAGAGGCAGGCGACGGCACAACCUCGGUGGUAAUACUGACGGGUGCGCUGCUGGGUGCAGCGGAAAAACUGCUCAACAAGGGCGUUCAUCCAACUAUCAUCGCAGAAUCGUUCCAAACUGCCGCGAAAAGAUGCGUGGAAAUCCUUUUGGAUAUGUCCCAGAAAAUCUCGCUUUCUGACAAACAGGCGCUGGUGCGUGCUGCUGCGACGUCGCUGAGCUCCAAGAUCGUGUCACAACACUCGUCAUUUUUGGCUCCGCUCGCCGUGGAUUGCGUGUUGAGCAUCGUGAAUGAAUCGAGCACGAACGUGGAUCUUUCCGAUAUACGUCUAAUCAAAAAAGUAGGUGGCACCAUCGAUGACACAGAGAUGGUCGACGGUGUGGUGUUAACUCAAAACGUGGUGAAAACUGCCGGCGGUCCCACCAGAAUCGAGAAGGCUCGCAUAGGUUUGGUCCAAUUUCAAAUUUCGCCCCCCAAGCCAGAUACCGAAAACAACAUUGUGGUCAACGACUACAGACAAAUGGACAAGAUCUUGAAAGAAGAACGUGCAUAUUUGCUGAAUAUCUGCAAGAAGAUCAAAAAGGCCAAAUGUAAUGUGCUGCUGAUUCAAAAAUCCAUUCUAAGAGACGCAGUCAACGAUCUCGCACUUCAUUUCCUGGCUAAGCUGGGCAUUAUGGUCAUUAAAGAUGUGGAGAGAGACGAGAUUGAGUUCUUGUCAAAGAGUCUAAACUGCAAGCCUAUUUCAGACCCAGAGUUUUUCACUGAGGACCGUCUUGGCUCAGCAGAUCUUGUCGAAGAAAUCGACAGCGAUGGUUCCAAGAUCGUCAAAAUCACUGGUGUCAAAUCAAGCACUGCCAGCCCAACAGUCUCCGUGGUCAUUCGGGGCGCAAACAACGUGAUCCUAGAUGAAACUGAAAGAUCUCUGCACGACGCUCUUUGUGUCAUCCGUUGUUUGGUGAAAGAGAGAGCACUAAUUGCUGGUGGUGGUGCGCCUGAAAUCGAGGCCUCGCGUAGACUUACGAAAGAAGCAAGAGCUCUAGAAGGUGUGGAAGCUUUCGUGUGGCAAGAGUUUGCCUCUGCUCUGGAGGUUAUUCCAACCACGCUGGCAGAAAAUGCCGGUCUUUACAGCAUCAAAGUUGUCACAGAGCUUCGUACGUUGCAUGAAAAUGGUGAAAAGAACGCCGGUAUCUCGAUUCGCAGAUCUGGUACCACAAAUACUUUUGACGAGCAUGUUUUGCAGCCAGUCUUGGUGAGCACAAGCGCAAUUACCCUGGCAUCCGAAUGUGUCAAGUCCAUCCUGAGAAUUGAUGACAUAACCUUCAGCCGUUGA